CAGCUUUCAUGCACUCUCCGUCAAACUAGAAGAAGACAAAACUAUGCCAGUCAAAGGUGUUUUUGUGAGUGAAAGCUCUGAAACUACUUUAAGUCGCCUAUUCCGAACGACUCGCUGCUUCCUGGCUGAAUUUCUCGGUACCGCUCUUAUUUGCUACGUGAGCGUCAUCUACCAACAUGGCCCGGUUCCUGCGGCCUUUGUUGUCGGUCUCACCCUGGCAUGGAUAGCCUGGGUUUUCGGCCCCGUCAGUGGAGCGCAUGUUAAUCCGGUUGUGUCGCUGAUGAUGCUAUUGGUGAGGAAGGUGUGGUUCCUGGACGCACUGAUCUACAUUGUUGCCCAACUUCUUGGAUCAAUGGCCGGCUCGUGGAUUGGCACGUUAGCUGUACCAGCUGUGGAUGCAGGAAAUACGCUGGGCAUGACCACCAUAAGUGCAAAUAUUACUGUUGGACAAGCAAUCGGACUGGAGAUUGUGGCAACCGCUCUACUCCUAUUAGUCAUUCUUUCAGCAGUUGACGAACUUCGCCCUAAACCCUGGAAUGUGGGGAACGUUACCAUAUUUCCAUUUAUCUUUGGGGCAACCUUGGCACUUUUGGCAUCUCUGCUGGGAGAUCUUACCGGGGCGAGUAUGAACCCAGCAAGAAGCUUCGGUCCUGCCGUCGUGAAUAAUAAUUUCACCGAUUUAUGGGUAUACAUUGUGGGACCAUUUAUCGGUGCAUUGCUGGCGACGGUGUUGUAUGAAUUCCUAUUGACGGAAGGAGCAUGCUGCAACCGUGUGAAAGCCUGGUUUACCGAGGCGGAUUACGAUCGAGCCAGAGAUUAUCGUGUACCUGAUGGAAAUUCCCUCAAUUUACCUUCUCGAAACACCGCAGUCAUUCAAACCAAACGGAGGGAACAUUUCCUAAUUACAGUUCAAAAAUUCGACGUUUUCAUCUUUAUACUUUCCGAUCAUUUACCCAGACGACUGUUGGUUUCAAAAAAGUCUGAAAACAGUCUAUUGUUUUAUUUACUCACUGAACUGGCAAACACUUCAGUUGUUUCUUACACAUGAUUCUUUUCAUUAGACAGUAGUUUUAUUCAUGUAAACUGCAAAUUCAGGUUUCAGA